GAGCGGAAGAGGCGGGCAGGUGGAGGCGGGGUUAAGAUGGCGGCGCCUUUGAGGAUUCAGAGCGACUGGGCUCAAGCCCUGAGGAAGGAUGAAGGGGAAGCCUGGCUGAGUUGUCAUCCCCCAGGGAAACCAACUUUGUAUGGCAGCCUAACUUGUCAAGGAAUUGGCCAGGAUGGCAUUCCAGAAGUUACAGCUUCAGAAGGAUUUAUUGUGAAUGAGAUAAACAAGAAAAGCAUUCAUAUUUCUUGUCCGAAGGAGAAUGCAUCCUCAAAGUUUUUGGCACCAUACACUACCUUUUCCAGAAUUCAUUCAAAGAGUAUAACAUGCCUCGACAUUUCCAGUGGAGGUGGCCUUGGUGUGUCUUCUAGUACUGACGGGAGCAUGAAGAUCUGGCAAGCUUCCAAUGGCGAGCUCAGAAGAGUAUUGGAAGGACAUGUGUUUGAUGUGAAUUGUUGCAGGUUUUUCCCAUCAGGCCUUGUGGUUCUGAGUGGGGGAAUGGAUGCCCAGCUGAAGAUCUGGUCAGCUGAAGAUGCUAGCUGUGUGGUGACCUUCAAAGGUCACAAAGGAGGUAUUCUGGAUACAGCCAUUGUUGAUCGGGGGAGGAAUGUGGUGUCUGGUUCUCGAGAUGGGACAGCACGACUUUGGGAUUGUGGGCGCUCAGCCUGCCUGGGAGUCAUUGCAGACUGUGGUUCUUCCAUCAAUGGAGUGGCUGUGGGCGCUGCUGACAACUCCAUAAACCUCGGCUCCCCCGAGCAGUCGCCCAGUGAACGGGAGGUUGGAACAGAGUCGAAAAUGCUGCUGUUGGCACGGGAAGAUAAGAAACUUCAGUGCUUGGGACUGCAGAGCAGGCAGCCGGUGUUCCUCUUUGUUGGCUCAGAUGCCUUCAACUGCUGCACUUUUCUCUCUGGCUUCUUGCUGCUGGCUGGGACACAGGAUGGAAACAUUUAUCAGCUGGACGUGAGGAGUCCAAGGGCUCCAGUACAAGUCAUCCACAGAUCCGGAGCACCAGUUCUGUCCCUGCUGAAUUUCAGAGAUGGGUUCAUUGCUAGCCAAGGUGAUGGAAGCUGUUUCAUUGUCCAGCAAGACCUAGACUAUCUCAUUGAACUCACUGGGGCUGACUGUGACCCUGUGUUCAAGGUUCCACCAGUGGUGAGGAGCUCAUAAGCAGGAUCUCUACUCGUGCACAAUACGAUGCGUGCACCGAGCAUGUCUAGCAGCUGAAGAGCUGCACGUGCCAGCGCUGCCCAGAUAACAUGUGCCGUGAUUUUUUUAUAGCUUCUUCACACCGAGAGCAUCACGUCCCUCAAUAUAAAGGUCAGAGGAGUGGGCCAACCUAGCAGUAGAGCUGCUGGCUGUCUCUGCUGCAGCUGAGAGGGACACUGUGGUUUUUGGUUUCUUUGAACCAGUCCCUAUUUUUCCAGUCUGACUGGUUGGUUCCGUUGUAGGGUUGGUUCCACUGUAGGUCUUACACACUUUUUGAAUGCUGUGAUCAACUUCCUUUUUCCACCUUUGCUCUGUAAACAUAUCCCCAAACCACUACAACAGCUUCUGUGACAAAAACCAGGAGUAGGAUGAUGGCAAAAAUGGCAAGUCUGUAGCAGCUUUCCCUGAUUGUGGCACAGUCGCCAGUCAGCCCAGAAAUGAAAAGUGGGGCUCCACAGUGACGAUUGUUAGAGCAGGGACGAGAGGGUGCACAUCUUCAGAGAAGUGGUGGUACUUGUCAUAAGUGAUGAAGUCAUGCGCUCCCACAUAGCCUAAAAUGCCAGGGUGCCAGCUGCCUCCCACCCCAAAGAUUGGUUGAGAAACUCCAGAAGUCGUGGAGGAGGUGAUACUGCAGUGGACCGUCCGUGGGGCUGGCAGCCUCCUGGCACCAUGCGCUCACCAAGCAUGGUGGCAAUGGCGGUGGAGCCUCCGCACUGGAAGCCUAGUAGCUGGGGCAGCACUCACCUCAGCCGCUGCUGCCACCGCUCCAGCCCCAGCCAGUGCCUCGCUCCUCCAUGCAGCUGCUGCCUCAGACAGGCGCAUUUUGAGAACUUCUUUGAAUAUAAUUUUACAAGGUUCAGAGAUACGCCAGCCCAUCUAUGGAUCAUCUUUCCCAGGUCCAGACCCUCUGCCCUCAAUUAUGCACCACGCUAGUGGGUUUGCUCUCUACUUGGCUAAUUCGUUUCUCUGUUCUGUAGUCAUAAGUGCCCUGGAUCCUAGCCAGCUAUUUUUAAAAUCCCUAUCAUGGAUCUAAUUCUUCUCUUGUCUUUGGAGUCAGUAGACCUUCUUAGACUCACUUGUACUAAUGGAGAUCAGUGGCUCUAUCUUUUUGAAAUGGAAGACUCCCAG